CUCUACUCUCAUUUCCCAUCUCUUCUUUCAUCUCUUCUGAUACUUCAAAUCCUGAAACUGUCUCUCUGACUUCCCAACAUGUCGGAUUCACGUGCUCGUGAUUGUGUCAAAUUGAUAUUGAGUUUAGGCGUCACAGCUCUGGUCCUAUGGUUAAUUCUACGUACCACGAAGCCCAAAUGUUCCAUCGGAGAUGUUUACGUGCAAGGCCUUGACAAAUCAAUCAACUCCAACAACAACAGGACGAAUCGUGACAACCAUAUAUCAUUUCAACUAAAUUUGAAGAAUGAAAUGAAGGACAAAUCUGUUCGUUACGACAACAUUACCCUUAGUUUUUACUAUGGUACAAAUAUGAGUUACCCUCUAGGUAAUUUUACAUUUGAUAAAUUUAAACAAGGUAAAGAUAAAGAAGCAUCUAAAAGUGGCAUGAUUGAGGCACAUAAUAUGCCAUGGGAUAAUGCAAUUAAGGCUGUUUCAAAUAAUUCUAAGGCAAUUAUUAGAGUUGACGUGAGUACUAAAAUUAGGUACAAAAUUAUAUUUUGGUAUACUAAAAGACAUCAUUAUUUUGUGGAAAAUAAAGUAGAAAUUGAUGAUAGUGGUAAAUCUAGUGCACAACAAAUUAGUUGUUGUUUUGGGAUUUUUGGAUUUUUAUUAUUUGUAAUUUUGUCAUUUUUACUUUAAUUGUUUUAGGGUUCAUGAAAAAGGUGAAGCAUCUUUUAAUUAAUUAAUUUAGUGCACUUUUUGUUAUUCUUUCUUUCCAGGUUGUAAAGGACUUGCAUUUAUUAAUAUUCAUAUUUUCUUUUCUUUCAACAA